CAAUUAAUUCGGAUUUUAGGCUUGUUGUUUUGUGAGGAGUCAUAUGAUCGCGCAGGGAUACCAACUGAACGAGUGGUAAACACUAAACACAGCGAAAGUGACAGGACCGACUGGAAAUUGACAGAAUACUCAUUUUUUAUUGUUAAAAGAUCUUUUUUGAGAUGGAGACCGAACUGACCAGGCUGAUGGAAGAAGUGUUGCAGUACCCCAAUGUCAAAGGGGUGAUGUUCACCGACGAAAAGGGACUCUGCGUUGAAGCUAAAGGUUCCUGUUCUCCACUGAGCUCCGGAGGAAUUUACAGAGUGGCAGAAUUGGCCACCAGGCUGGACCCUGACGGCAAAAGACCUUCGUUCAUUCACAUGCUUGGAACAAAUUCCAACGAGCUGCUCAUCCAGCAGAGGAACAACUUGACUGUCACUGUGAUGAGGGCCACUGAGCCCAAUCCUACUGCGUGAUAUUUUUCCUUGUAGAAAAUUAUUAUUUUACUAGUGAGCUUUAAAAUAUUCCAUAUCACUAUUAAUAGCUGUUGCCCAUUGACUGCAAAACAAAGUCAUGAAGCUGACAUAUUAUUAUAAAGGAAAAGAUAAAAAUAUUCCAGUAAUGUUAAAUCAAGCCAAAAACUACAUAAUUUAUUUAUCUAAUUUAUUUUAUGCAAAUCAGACGGCAGUUUCUUUUCUUUUAAAUGUAGAAAUGAAAACAAAAAAUGCAGAAUAAAAAAAUUACGUGUUAAGAUUCCAAAUUUUGCUUGUAAUUUAUCAAACGCAAUUUCUAACAAUUGUUUCUGGUUGAUUUGAGCAGGAAACUGUCUCUUGCAUAAUUCAGAUUUCUUUUAUUUGUUUGCUGCUGCUUAUGGGUAUAAAGAAAUUGUUAUAAAUACAUGGAAAAUAAAACAACAGCGAAUAUAA